AUGGUGAGUUUGGCACCAGGAGUACAGUAUCUCCAAAGAUUCCUGCCACCGCUUAACUCGAAAACUGGUCGCGUACAUAUAUUUUUCUUCACUUUGGUGAUAUACACGUGCUAUCACUUAUCCCGAAAACCGAUUAGUAUUGUAAAGUCAGUACUUCAUCAAAACUGUUCUGAAGAAGCCCUCAAAGAGGGAAAAAUUAUAGUUCCCGGAAAUGAAACAUUUUGUGACUGGGCUCCUUUUGAUGGUCAAAACUAUGAUUCCCUUUUCGGGACACUUGAUCUUAUUUUCCUCUCAUUUUACGCCGUUAGCAUGUUCUUAAGUGGACAUGUUGCCGAUAAAGUUGACCUUAGAAUAUACCUAUGCAUUGGUACUCUUCUUUCUGGUAUAACAACAAUAGCCUUUGGUCUUGGGUACUUUUUCAAUGUUCACUCAUUUGCUUACUAUGCAGUUUGUCAGGGUGUUUCUGGAAUAGUUCAGGCAUCCGGUUGGCCAGCAGUUGUAGCUUGUAUGGGGAAUUGGUUUGGUAAAAAUAAGAGAGGAUUUUUUAUGGGAGUUUGGACAGCGCAUUCUAGCAUUGGGAACAUUUUGGGCUCCUUAGUUGCUGGUGCCUUUGUAGAAAUAGCUUGGGGAUGGUCAUUUGUUGUUCCAGGAUUAAUAAUUGCACUUCUCAGCUUACCAAUUUAUCUGUUUCUUGUACCUUAUCCUGAAUCUGUUGAAAUUCAACCUCCUGUUCAGCAUAAUGUAAAUGAUUAUGGUUCCAUUAACCAACCAACCAGAGAUGGCAACUCGUUUGAAGAAUCGCUUGGAACAACUAGUUCACAAAGUAAUAUUUUAAUACCAACAAAAAAGAACUCUUCAUCCUUCCUGUCAGCAUUAAAAGUACCUGGUGUUAUUGAAUACUCAUUGACUUUAUUCUUCUCUAAGCUAGUUUCAUAUACUUUCCUAUUUUGGUUACCUAUGUAUAUACGUGAAGCAGGCGGUUUCAACCCAUCAUCAUCAGCUGAUUUAUCAGCUGUUUUUGAUUUAGGUGGAAUACUCGGUGGAAUUAUCGCUGGUUACGUAUCCGAUAGUACUGGAUCAAGCGCUAUUACCUGUGUGGUAAUGAUUGCUUUGUCGAUACCUACAUUAUAUCUGUACUCAGUCGUUGGAUUUCGUUCUUUAGCUCAUUGUAUCGGUUUAUUAAUCCCAUUAGGCUCGUUUGUUAAUGGUCCUUAUAGUUUGAUUACGACGGCAGUUUCAGCUGAUCUAGGUACUCAUCCUUCAUUGUCUAGAAAUUCUCGUGCAUUGGCUACAGUAACAGGUAUUAUUGAUGGAACAGGUUCAGUUGGUGCUGCACUUGGACCUUUACUAUGUGGUCUCAUGAAACCAUAUGGUUGGUCUGUCAUUAUUAUUAUGCUUAUGGUUGCGUUAGCUCUGGCCGCAAUCUUGCUUUUUCGCAUGGUAGCCAGUGAAAGUCGUCAAUGUUGCUUCAGUGCUGAACAAUCAUCAUUUUCAUCACUGUCGAAUGCACCUGAUGCUUAA